AUGGAGAAAACCCCAGACAUGAGCCACUUCUCGGCUCACGAGGCCGAAGCCGAGGCCGCUAAGGUGGAUGGGUUGGUUGCAAACCAUCACGGCCACGAUGUGGAUGUUGCCGCCAAAUUUUUGUAUGAGUUAGACCCAGCCGUGGUGGCACAACCCAUCACGCCAGCCGAGGCACGCAAACUGUUAUGGAAGAUCGAUCUAAUCAUUAUUCCUCUGAUCAUGGGGACGGUCGUGCUAGCUGCUGUGGAUAAAGUCAUCAUCUCUAAUGCCGCCAUCUACGGGAUGAGAACAGAUACACACCUGGUGGGCAAUCAGUACUCAUGGGUUGGCUCGAUCUUUUAUUUCGGAUACCUAGUGGCCGAGUAUCCAGCAGCUUUUCUCAUUCAAAGGCUCCCUGUGGCUAAGUUUCUUUCUGCUUGUCUCUUUGGAUGGGCGGUCAUCUUGAUGUGUACAGCGGCUACACAGAAUUUUGCCGGCUUGGCAGUUGUGCGGUUUUUCAUGGGCAUGCUGGAGUCAGUGGUCUUUCCAAUCUGCAGUAUAUUGACUGUGAUGUGGUGGACUACGGAAGAACAGCCCAUCAGACUAGCUUUUUGGUUCAAUCAGCUCUCUUCAGUGUUUUCCGGCCUCGUCAGUUACGGCAUCGGCCAUACGCAUACUAGCCUACAUCCAUGGCGCCUUCUAUUCCUUGUUUUAGGCGGAUUUACGGUUCUUUGGGGUGCGGUUAUUUAUGUCUUCCUUCCAGAUUCGCCAGUCAAAUGCUGGUACAUGACUGAUCGCGAGAAAUACGUCUGUCUUGAGCGAGUCAAGAACAACAACACCGGCAUGGAGGAUAAGAAAAUCAAAUGGUACCAAGUGCGCGAGUGCCUAAUGGAUCCAAAAACAUGGCUAUUGAUGCUGUUUUCCCUCGCACAAAAUAUUCCUAACGGCGGUCUUGUCACAUUUGCAUCCAUUAUUGUCUCUGGACUCGGAUACUCAAGUCUAAUCACUACUGUUCUAGGGAUUCCAACCGGAGUUCUAGCCACUGUUUGGCAACUUUGUCUGUCAUUCAUUGCAGCACGAUUUAAAAACACGCGCUGUUUGGUUAUUGCGGUAGCGAAUCUAGUUCCCAUGACCUGUGCCAUACUGAUGUGGAAACUUCCUCGUUCCAACAAACACGGACUACUUGCAGCAUACUAUGUUUUCUAUACUUAUUGGGGCCCUUACGUUCUAUCAACAUCCUUACCCAUGGCUAAUGUCAGUGGCCACUCCAAAAAACUAACCAUGAACGCAAUAUUCUUCCUUGCCUACUGUGUUGGUAACAUCAUCGGCCCACAGACUUUCCAGGCUUCCGACGCCCCGGAUUAUUCUCAUGGAUAUGAAGGUCUACUCGCUUGCCUGGUGGUUGCUAUUGCAUCUAUUUCUGCUUACGGCGUGCUAUGUCACCUGGAGAAUAGAAAGCGCGAUCGUGAGCAUGCGGGCGACGGUCAUCAUGUUGUUGAGGCGGCAAAUGCGUUUUCAGAUUUGACGGAUAAGGAGAAGAAGGAUUUCCGAUAUACAUAUUAG